AUGUCCAGCUCCGGCAACCGAGGCAAUGGUAGCAGUGCGCGCAACGGCCAGGGGGCUGCAACCCCCCGUGAGCCCGACCAGCGAAAGUCGUGGAUCCAGAAACUGCUCACCAUCGGCGCCUUUUACCUAGCCAUGAACCUGUUCAUGCUGUACAUGAAGAACCGAAACCAGGACGCCGUUGCCACCACCGAGGAGCCCGAUCUGACCGUGUCCGAGGCAAUUUCCGCCGAGAAACUGUACGACGAAGCCGCCCCGCCUUUCCCCGAGCAGAUGCGAGCUCUGUGGACCGGCAACCAGCCCUUCACCAUCACCGUCCAUGUAGUCGAUUCCGACCAGCAAAUGCGCCUGCCCGUGUGGGACCUCGAGCUGACCGGCCAAAACUUUUCCAAGGGCUUCUCUCUGUUUGAAACCCUCGACUUUACCCUACCCAAGGCCCUGACCAACAACAACGGCUCCCUGUACGCCCACGUGGCUCUCCAGCGAAAGGAUAGUGAUCUGGUGAUCAACAAGCGAGUCGAUCUGACCUCCUACUUGCCCAAGAAGAAGGUCGUCCACAAGAAGCUACUGCUCAGCGAAGAGCACGAGGAGGAGGAGGAGGAGGAAGAGGAGCUACCUUACUUGGAACGACCCCUGGUGCCCAACAUUUACCCCAACGUGUCGAUCGGUGUCAUCUACGAUCUCGGAAACGGUGUCCCUGCCAGCAUGCCUCCUGCAAUUUCUCAGCAUAUCAUCUCUUCUGGUGACCGAGACUCAUCCGGUAAGGUCUCGUUCAUCUACCCAAUCGUGUUCAACAACGAGUUCUGGCAGCUCAACUCCAAAAUGAUGGAGCUUGGAGAGAACUUGGCGGGAGAAAAGUUCACCCUACAGCUCAACCUCUACUCCACCUCCUUCUUCUGGUUCCAAAUGUUAACCAACAUGGAUCAUUCCUUCAAAGAACAGGCUAGACAGCAGGGAGGACGAACCAGUGAAGUUGAGCAAUUGAAGGUAACUCUGCUCGAGUCCAAUCCUUACUUGCUUGCAAUCACCGCGAUCGUGUCUGUGUUCCAUAUGCUGUUUGAGUUUCUGGCUUUCAAGUCUGACAUCUCUCACUGGAAGAACAAGACGGAUACCAUCGGUGUGUCUGUGCGAUCCAUUAUUGCCAACGUUGUCAUGCAGAGUAUCAUUUUCCUAUAUCUGAUGGAUAACAACGACGAGACGAGUUACAUGAUCCUGCUGACACAGGGCAUGGGUAUUCUGGUUGAAGCAUGGAAGAUCAACAAGGUGGCUGUCUUCUCUUUCUUCGAUCCCCCCAAGGAGCAAAAGAACAAGAAGAUUACUAACGUUUUCGGACUGGGAAUUGUGUACAUUCAGGACAGGAAUGAACUGUCCGAGAUUGAAGAGCGAACCAAGGAGUACGACUCUAUCGCGUUCAAAUACCUCUACAUUGCGGCCGUUCCCCUCAUUGGUGCCUAUGCAGUCUACUCCGUUAUGUAUGUGCCCCACAAGAGUUGGUACUCGUUCAUCAUUUCUACUCUGGUUGGUUCCGUCUACGCCUAUGGAUUUUUGAUGUUGGUGCCUUCCAUCUACAUCAACUACAGACUCAAGUCAGUGGCCCACAUGCCCCGAAAGGCCAUGGUAUACAAGUUCCUCAACACCUUUAUCGACGACCUGUUUGCCUUUGUCGUCAAGAUGCCCCUGCUUCAUCGAAUUGCCACUCUGCGGGACGAUGUAAUCUUCUUCGUGUACAUCUACCAGACCUGGGUGUACAGAGUCGACUACACUAGAGUCAACGAGUUUGGUCAGGGAGGAGACGACGAGGCUGCGGAGAUUGAUGACGAGAACAAGGACAAGGCCCAGCUCGUUGGACGAGAGGAGGCUAAGAAGAUCAACGAGAUCACCGGUACUUCUACUUCUACUGGUGUCGAGGCCCAGGAAGGUAUUCGAAGACGGUAA